GCGUUUCUGAGAAGAGAGGCAUCCUCUUCCUGGAAGAAAGUGCUGGCUUCUGGCUGCCGGGGCUGGGAGCAGCAUCCUUGGAUGCAAGGGGGACACAGCCUGCACAGGCAGUUUGUGGGUUCAGUGAUUUAGAAAGGAGGCAAAGAGCCAGAGCUGAAAGAGAGAGGAGGGAGGGUCUCACCUUGGUUCAGUGCAAGGCUGGUGGUUGCAUUCUGCUGCUGGCUGGUCAGUCCUGCUGUCCCUUCUUGCAGCUGUCAUUUCUGUCAUCAGCUCAGUUUGACUCUGUUUUGGAAUAUCAUCUCUUUGGAACUCAAUGAAGCUUUUGAAGUUUUAAAGCAUGCCAGUCCUUCUAAAGACAGCAAGGGGCUCAACAUAAACAGGAAAGAACAGCACAGCAUGCGAUUCCUUGGAAGGUGUUGAUUGAAAACUUCCAUCCGCCCUCCCCGUUCUCUCGCUCCAUUUGCCUGAUUUCUCCCCCCAAGAUCCCAGAGAAUAUUGCAAUUAAGAUCCCUUUAGAUGGAAUAUAAUACAUCUGAAAGCUUUUCAUCAAAAGGAUUAAUGCCCACAUUAUCAUUGCUGCUAUAGAAAAAGAAAGUUAAGUGGUGAAGCCCACAGACACUUCAAACCUGGAUUCCACAAUUCUACUUUAAGUGCUGGAGUUUUGAUUACUCUGCAGCAGGAAAGCCUUCGCCAAUGCUUACAAGGAACUGUUUAUCCCUUCUUCUCUGGGUCCUAUUUGAUGGAGGUCUCCUAACACCACUUCAACCACAGCCACAACAAACUUUAGCCACAGAACCAAGAGAAAAUGUUAUUCACCUGCCAGGGCGGAGAUCACAUUUUCACCGAGUUAAACGUGGCUGGGUAUGGAAUCAGUUUUUUGUGCUGGAGGAAUACAUGGGCUCCGAGCCUCAGUAUGUGGGAAAGCUCCAUUCUGACUUAGAUAAAGGAGAAGGCACUGUUAAAUAUACCCUAUCAGGAGAUGGCGCUGGCACAGUCUUUACCAUUGAUGAAACCACAGGGGACAUUCAUGCAAUAAGGAGUCUGGACAGAGAAGAAAAGCCUUUUUAUACCCUCCGUGCUCAGGCAGUAGACAUAGAGACCAGAAAGCCCCUGGAACCCGAAUCAGAAUUCAUCAUCAAAGUACAGGAUAUUAAUGAUAAUGAGCCAAAGUUUUUGGAUGGACCUUAUGUUGCUAGUGUUCCAGAAAUGUCUCCUGUGGGUGCCUAUGUGCUCCAAGUUAAGGCCACAGAUGCAGAUGACCCGACUUAUGGGAACAGCGCCAGGGUCGUUUACAGCAUUCUUCAGGGACAACCUUAUUUCUCUAUUGAUCCCAAGACAGGUGUUAUUAGAACAGCUUUGCCAAACAUGGACCGGGAAGUCAAAGAACAAUAUCAAGUCCUCAUUCAAGCUAAGGAUAUGGGCGGACAACUGGGAGGGCUGGCUGGAACCACCAUCGUGAACAUCACCCUCACUGACGUCAAUGACAAUCCACCUCGAUUCCCCAAAAGCAUCUUCCAUUUGAAAGUCCCAGAGUCAUCUCCUAUCGGCUCAGCUAUUGGGAGAAUACGAGCUGUCGAUCCUGAUUUUGGACAAAAUGCAGAAAUUGAAUACAAUAUUGUUCCAGGAGAUGGAGGAAAUUUAUUUGAUAUUAUGACAGAUGAGGAUACUCAAGAAGGAGUCAUCAAAUUAAAAAAGCCACUGGAUUUUGAAACGAAGAAGGCUUAUACGUUUAAAGUGGAAGCCUCCAACCUUCACCUGGAUCAUCGCUUUCACUCUGCGGGCCCCUUUAAAGACACGGCCACAGUGAAGAUUAGCGUAUUGGAUGUGGAUGAGCCCCCUGUGUUUAGCAAACCACUGUACACCAUGGAAGUGUAUGAAGACACCCCCGUGGGCACCAUCAUCGGAGCUGUUACUGCACAAGACCUUGAUGUGGGCAGUAGUGCAGUUAGGUACUUCAUAGACUGGAAGAGUGAUGGGGACAGCUACUUUACAAUAGAUGGCACGGACGGAACCAUCGCUACUAAUGAAUUACUAGACCGAGAAAGCACUGCCCAGUAUAAUUUCUCCAUAAUUGCGAGUAAAGUUAGUAAUCCUUUAUUAACUAGCAAGGUCAACAUAUUGAUUAAUGUCCUAGAUGUCAAUGAAUUUCCUCCAGAGCUCUCUAUGCCCUACGAGACAGCUGUAUGUGAAAAUGCCAAAGCAGGACAGAUCAUUCAGAUAGUGAGCGCUUCAGACAGGGAUCUCUCGCCUGCUGGGCAACAGUUUUCCUUUAGAUUAUCACCUGAAGCUGCCAUCAAACCAAAUUUUACUGUUCGUGACUUCAGAAACAACACAGCUGGAAUUGAAGCCAGAAAGAAUGGCUACAGUCGCAGGCAGCAAGAGUUGUAUUUCCUCCCAGUUGUAAUAGAAGACAGCAGUUAUCCAGUCCAGAGCAGCACAAAUACAAUGACUAUAAGAGUUUGCAGAUGUGAUUCUGAUGGUACCAUCUUGUCUUGUAAUGUGGAAGCAAUUUUUCUACCUGUAGGACUCAGCACCGGGGCUUUGAUCGCAAUCCUACUGUGCAUUGUCAUACUCUUAGCCAUUGUAGUGCUGUAUGUAGCUCUGAGAAGACAGAAAAAGAAAGACACUCUGAUGACCUCCAAAGAAGACAUCAGAGACAACGUGAUCCAUUAUGAUGACGAAGGAGGUGGGGAGGAGGACACCCAGGCUUUCGACAUUGGUGCUCUGAGAAAUCCUAAAGUGAUCGAAGAUAACAAAAUCCGCAGGGAUAUCAAACCAGACUCUCUCCGUUUACCUCGCCAGAGACCAUCCGUGGAAGAUAACACAGACAUAAGGGAUUUCAUUAAUCAGAGGCUACAGGAAAAUGAUGUGGACCCCAGCGCACCACCAUACGACUCAUUGGCCACAUAUGCCUAUGAAGGAAAUGGCUCUACCGCAGAGUCCCUUAGUUCCAUAGACUCCCUCACCACAGAGGCCGACCAGGACUAUGACUAUCUGACAGACUGGGGACCUCGCUUUAAAGUCCUGGCAGAUAUGUUUGGAGAAGAUGAGAACCAUAGCCCUGAUAAAGUCACUUAGAGAAGAAGCAGACUUACAUACAACAGGGAAACUUAUAAACAAAUCUCUCUCUCUCUCUCUCUCUCUCUCUCUCUCUCUCUCUCUCUCUCUCUCUCUCUCUCUCU